UCCUCUGAUCCUUGAGAGGCUGUUAGGGAGUGAAAAUUGAGUGUGAGUGACACCCAAACAGAACCCAAACACCUUGAACCCCAAAAAUGGAAUAUGGUUCUAGUUUCAUAGCAAAAACACCAGUUUUCAAUGGUCAUAACUACCCAGUUUGGUCAGUCAAAAUGAAGGCUUAUCUAAGGGCCUUCAACCUUUGGGAAGUGGUGGAAACUGACCGGCAGCCACCACCUUUAAGGCAGAAUCCCACCUUGGCUCAGAUAAAGCAGCAUACUGAAGAAGUUACGAAAAGCCAAAGAAGCUUGGGACUUGUUGAAGGUAGAGUUUCAGGUGACAGCAAGGGAAUUCAGAUGCAAGUUUUGAAUCUGAAAAGGGAAUUUGCUGUUUUGAGGAUGAAUGAGUCUGAAACUGUCAAAGAGUUUUCAGAUAGAAUAAUGAAGAUUGUGAAUCGAAUCAAAUUGCUGGGUGAUGAAGAACUCUCUGAUAAGAGGGCUGUUGAGAAGGUGUUGAGAAAAGCCUUAAGGUCCGAAAGCAAUGUGGAAGGUGCUCUCUUGGCUACCGAAAAGGGUAAAAACCAACAAAAGGAAGGAGCAAAGAGGCAAUUUUUUGAUAAGAAAUGGAAAGAAAAGAAGGAGUUUCAAAGAGAUUUCAAGGGCGGUAGAUACAAGGGUAAAAAGGAGUCAUUUCCUCCUUGUAUUCACUGCAAAAAGACAACUCACACUGAAAAUUUUUGCUGGUUCAGGCCUAGUGUUCAGUGCAGGUCUUGUAAACAAUUUGGUCAUGUUGAAAAGGUCUGCAAAUCAAAAGUAAACUCUAAAGCACAAGCUCAGAUUGUAGAGAAACUUGAUCAACAGGAGGAGAAGUUGUUUGUGGCCACUAAAGUGGAAGCUUGCUGUGCUAUGAAUCUUAGUUGUAAUGUUUGGUUGAUAGACAGCGGAUGUACUCACCAUAUGACUCUAAAUGAGAGCUACUUCAAAAGCCUUGACAAGAGUUUUACCUCUAAAGUUAGAUUGGGUAAUGGAGAGCUAGUAGAAGUCAAAGGAAGGGGAGUAGCAACUAUUGAUACACCAACAGGUAUCAAGCUUAUUUAUGAUGUUCUAUUUGUUCCUGAGAUUAGCUACAGCCUUAUUAGUGUUGCUCAGCUUGUUGAAAACAAAUACGUUUUGCACUUUCAUGACAAGCUCUGUGAUGUAUUUGAUGAAUUUGGAAAUUUGUUGUUAUCUGUUAAAAUGCUUGAUAGGAGUUUUCCUAUUGAAUGGAAAGAAACUCAGAUAAAGGCUUGCGUGAGUACUGUUGAUAAUUCUUGUGUCUGGCAUAAGAGGUUUGGUGACUCUAGUUAUCAAUCUUUGCUAUUGAUGCAAAAAAAGAGCAUGGUUUUUGGUAUGCCUCUUGUUCAUGUUGAUGAACAUGUUUGUAAAGUGUGUCAGCUUGGUAAGCAAUCGCAAUUGCCUUUUCCAUCUGGUCAAGCUCAUAAAGCUUCUAUGAAGUUGCAGCUAGUUCACACUGACAUUUGUGGUCUUAUGAAGACUGCUUCUUUAAGUGGAAAUAGAUAUUUCUUGAUUUUUAUUGAUGACUACAACAGAUUUUGUUGGGUGUAUUUUCUGAAACAUAAAUCAGAGGUAUUUGAUGUUUUCAUCAAGUUCAAAGCCUCGGUUGAAAAUGAGUGUAGUUUGAAUAUUAAAACACUUAGAUCUGAUAAUGCAGCUGAGUAUACUUCUCAUAGAUUCCAACAGUUUUUGCAGCAACAUGGAAUUCAUCAUCAGCUCACAAUUCCUUACACACCUCAACAAAAUGGUAAUAGAUUGCCAACAAAAGCUAUUGAAGGCAAAACUCCUUUUGAAGCUUGGUCAGGGAACAAACCUGCUGUAGAUCAUUUGAAAGUUUUUGGUUGCAUUUGCUAUGUAUUUAUACCAGAUGAAAAGAGAGGCAAAAGUGCUAAGUUUGAUGAAAGUGCAGCAUGGGACUGGGAAAAAUCCCAAGUUACAAACUCAAAUCAUGUUGCUAAAUUGAAUGACAAACCAGAACUUGAAGCAGAUUUUGAUGAUGCAGCUAAUGAAUUAGAUUUAAUUGAUGAUGCACCAGUGAGAGGAACUAGAACCUUGGAAGACAUUUAUAGUAGAUGCAAUUUGUCUACUGUUGAGCCUUCAAAUUAUUAUGAGGCAAGAUUGGUGGUGAAAGGUUACUCUCAAUUGGCUAGAAUUGAUUUUAUUGAGACCUUUGCACCUGUAGCAAGACAUGAAACUAUCAGACUGUUGUUGGCUCUUGCUGCACACAAAGGCUGGAGUGUCUUCCAUCUUGAUGUCAAAUCAGCAUUUUUAAAUGGCAAAUUGGAAGAAGAAAUAUUUGUUGAGCAGCCAGAAGGGUUUGUGCAAGAUGGUGCAGAGAAUAAAGUUUAUUUGCUUAAAAAGGCCUUGUACGAGCUAAAACAAGCUCCUAGAGCUUGGAACUGCAAAAUUGAUGAUCACUUGCUGAGUCUUGGAUUUGAGAAGAGUCUAAGUGAGGCUACUCUUUAUGUGAAAAAGAAGAAUGGAGUACUUGUUAUAGUCUCCAUAUAUGUUGAUGAUUUGCUGGUCACAAGAAAUGAUGAAGUUGCUUUGAAUCAGUUCAAGAUUGACAUGCUACAAAUUUUUGACAUGAAUGAUCUGGGCAAAAUGACAUAUUUUCUUGGUAUGGAGAUUGAUCAGUCCAGCAAAAGCAUUUUUAUUUGCCAAAGAAAUUUUACGGGUGAGAUUUUGAGCAAAUUUGCUAUGUCAAACUGCAGGCCAGUUAGUACUCCUUCUGUGUCAGGAGUUAAAUACAAAGCCAUUGAUGGUUCAACAAAUGUUGAUGCAGGGGUAUAUAGAAGUAUGAUUGGCAGCCUUCUAUAUUUAUCUGCUACCAGACCUGAUAUAAUGCAUGUUGUUAGUUUGCUUUCAAGGUUUAUGCAUUCACCUACUAAAGUUCAUCUCAAGGGUGUUAAAAGAAUAUUCAGAUAUUUGAAGGCAAUUGCUGGUUUUGGUGUUUUCUAUCCUAGAGCUGAGAAAAUUAAGUUACUUGGCUUUUGUGACAAUGGUUGGGCAGGGUCUGAGGAUGAUAUGAAAAGCACCACUGGUUUUUGUUUCACGCUCGGAUCAGGUGUUAUAAGCUGGUGUUCUCAAAAGCAAGAUGCACUUGCACAUUCCACUGCAGAAGCUGAAUAUAUAGCUGCUGCAACUGCUGUGGAUCAGGCUAUUUGGUUAAGGAAAUUGUUGGUUGAUGUUCAUCAUGCUCAAUCCAAUCCUACUAAAAUGUUGUGUGAUAGCAAAGCUGCAGUUGCUAUUGCUAAAAAUCCAGUCUUUCAUGGAAAGACAAAACAUUUUAAAUUGAAGAAUCAUAUUGUUAGAGUUGCAGAAAAUGAUGGUGAUAUUGUUAUGGUGCACUGUUCCUCUGAAGAAAAUGUUGCUGAUAUUUUCACUAAGGGCUUACAGAAGAUCAGAUUUGAAGCUCUUAGAAACAAGCUUGGAAUUUGCAGCUUGGAUGCCAAGAAGGAGUGUUGAAUGAAGUUUAGAUUUUUGUAGUUUUCAAAGUACUGUGCCAUCACAUGCUGCAACAAUUCAGUGUCUGAUUUUUUGAUGUAAUUUAACCCUUGGUUAGGUAGUUUUUUGUUAACCUUCUAUCAGUAUAGACACUUGAGUAGGGGGCUAAAAUUAAGCUACUUGUAGUUUGGUAAACUACUCUUCCCCUUUCGCGAAAGCUAGUGUUUAUUUUGCAUAAAAUGAGAAAUCAAUGAUCAUUUCUGUG